AAAUGAAGGUGAUUUCCCAAAAGAGGGUGAAAUCAUAUCGAAACCUAAGACACGAUAUUCAAAAAGACUUCAAAAAAAAAGAAAAUUGAAUCAUGAGAAUGUCCAAAAUACAAAGAAAAAGAAACCAAAUGCAUCACUAGAAAUUUCGUCUAAUCUUGGUAAAGAAAAAUAUGUAAAAGAUGUUGAUAAAUCAUUUCCAACUGUUAUAAUAGAAGAGAAUGAUCAC